CUCUCUCUCUCUCUCUCUCUCUCCCAGUUGUUCCACGCAGCGUAGAUGUGGACAUCUUUCACGUUUGUGUCUCUCACUCAAAUCUUUCCGUCCGUUUCGUCGGCGUCCUUUUCGGCGUCCUGUGAGUUGUCUUGGCAGCGGGCUGGAAGCGUCCCUUGUGUUCUUUGUCCUCGCGCAGGCGGGAUGUGCUCUCCAGGCGGGAUGUGCCGCUAGGAGCUCGGCGUCAGCCUGACGGAGGACAUGGACAACAUCGGGGUGUCGUUCCUCGACCCUCUGGACGACUACGAGCUCAUCCACAGGAUUGGGUGCGGCACCUACGGGGAUGUCUUCAAGGCUCGCAACAUCCGCACAUCCAAACUGGCAGCCAUCAAGAUUGUCAAGUUGGACCCAGGCGAUGACAUCACGUCCAUCCAACAGGAGAUCACCAUGAUGAAGGAGUGCAAGCAUAAAAACAUUGUGGCUUACUUUGGCAGUUACCACAGGAACACCAAACUGUGGAUUUGCAUGGAGUACUGCGGGGGAGGCUCCCUUCAGGAUAUAUACCACGUGACCGGCCCAUUGAAGGAGAAACAGAUUGCAUACGUGUGCAGGGAGACCCUCCAGGGUUUGUACCAUCUGCAUGAAACGGGCAAAAUGCAUAGAGACAUCAAGGGCGCCAACAUCCUUUUGACAGAGCGAGGAGACGUCAAACUUGCGGAUUUUGGUGUGGCUGCAGAGAUCAGUGCUUCUGUGGCCAAAAGGAAGUCUUUCAUAGGAACGCCCUACUGGAUGGCUCCAGAGGUGGCGGCCGUGGAGAAGAAGGGAGGCUAUAACCACCUGUGCGACAUCUGGGCCGUCGGCAUCACAGCCAUCGAGCUGGCAGAGCUACAGCCCCCCAUGUUUGACCUCCACCCAAUGAGGGCUUUGAUGUUGAUGUCCAAGAGCAGCUUUCAACCACCAAAGCUAAAGGAGAAAACUAAAUGGUGUCCGGCCUUUCAGAGCUUUGUGAAGAUGGCGCUCAUCAAAAACCCUCGCAAAAGGCCAUCCGCUGAGACGCUGCUACAGCAUCCGUUCGUGACGCAGUUGUUGACGCGCAACCUAGUCAUUGAGCUACUGGACAUGGCCAACAACCCCGAGCUGCACACCUCGCACGACAUGGAUGACAACGAACUGGAGAUUGGGAUCGAUGCACCCGACAAGAUUCGCUCUGCAGGGAAACAUCUGCCUGUGGAGAGGACCGUGUCAGAAGAGCAAUUUGACCAAGUGAAAUUUGGACCCCCACUGAGAAAAGUCACUGAACCCUACCCUGAUUUGCAGGGCUCAUAUGAUGAUGACUGGAGUCUGUCUGGAGAUGAAGACAACUCACCGAGCCUGUUGGAAUGUGUGGAACAAGCUCUGCAGCUGAGGAGUUUAACCAUUAGGAGGGUGCCAUCUACUGAUGGAGGGAAGAGAAGCGGUUUAUUCAGCCCAACGACAGCCUCCCUGCCAGCCUUUUGCUCUCUCAGUGUCAACACAAGCGACAGAGAUGCGACACAGAGACCGAUCUGUACGUUGGGUCCGGAUGCUUCUGUCACGUCGGACUCCACCAGCUCAUCUGAAGUUUUGGCAAGGUGCUCGGCCACACAAGACAUCAGGCAGCGCUGCAGUGACCCAUAUCUGCAUGCGGGGGGCGCUUUGACUGCCAGCACUGUCUGCUCCCCCAAAAAAGAGACUCCGCUCUCGCUUGAAUGGAGCACGCUGAGGAAGACUGAAGACUCUAGGGCUGAUUUUCAUGGACUUCCUCCUACCCCCCAAGUCCAUAUGGGGGCCUGCUUCUCCAAAGUCUUCAAUGGCUGCCCUCUCAAAAUCCACUCUGCUGUCACCUGGAUUUUCCCAAAAACGAGAGAUCAGUACCUUAUUCUUGGCACAGAGGAGGGAAUCUAUACACUCAACCUGAAUGAACUUCAUGAGGACACGCUAGAGAAGUUGCUCCCUCAGAGAUGCACGUGGUUGUACGCUAUGAACAACGUGCUGAUGUCCGUAUCAGGGAAGUCGUCUCAGCUUUAUUCCCAUAGUCUGACCGCUCUCUUCGAGCAGAAGGGACACUUGCAGAAGAAACACAGCAGUCUGUCGCUCGGCACAAGUCGUUUCACAGACAGGAUCGGCACCAGAAAGUUUUCCUUAUCGGUGAAGAUCCCUGACACUAAAGGCUGCAGGAGAUGUAGUGUAGCUAGAAACCCCUACACGGACAGUACUUUUUUGUGCGGAGCGGUUCCAUCCGGCCUUGUUCUGCUUUUGUGGUAUGAGCCCCUCCAGAAGUUCAUGCAUCUAAAGCACAUAACCACAAGGCUACCGGACUCUCUGCCAAUAUUUGAGCUGCUGGUGUUGGUCACAGACGAGUUUCCUCAGCUAUGUGUCGGGGUGAGAGGCUGCACCAAUGGGAAACAAUCAGCCAGCCAGAAAGUAAAGUUUGAUAUCAUCGAGCUGAAUGGCACGGCCAUUUCAGAGCCAGAAAAUGGUGAAGUCAAGGCCGUCCAGGUCAGCCAAUUGGACAGAGACACUGUUCUCAUUGCAUUAGAAAAAAGUGUGAAGAUUGUCAACCUGCAGGGUCUUCCAUCCGAGGAGUUUGCUGCUGAAAUGGUCUUUGACUUCCCUAUUGAAACGCUCGUUUGCUUGCAGGACAGUGUAUUGGCUUUCUGGAAGCACGGCCUUAAAGGGAAGAGUUUUCACUCUAACGAGGUCACCCAAGAGAUUACAGACGAGAGUCGAGUUUUCCGAGUUUUGGGAACUAACAGAGACAUCAUUCUCCAGAGCACACCGACCGACGACCCGUCAGCCCUUAGCAACGUCUACAUUCUGACAGGCCAUGAGAGCAGCGUUUGACAGCAUGGAUGACAUUGUCCUUCCAAAUCACAGCAAGAAAAAUGAGGUCGAUUUUAGAUUUUACGUGAAACAUAUCACAAUAUAAUUAUUACUUUAUUUCUACAGCACUUUUCAUAAAAAGCAACACAAAUGUUCUUUACACCAGUUUAAAUGGAAACAAAAGGGAACAUACACACCGUGAUUGCCAACAGCAUAUGGGUUUGUAUUGUACUGGAAGACUUUAAAAACUCUGAGAUUAAUUAACAAACAGGACAAAAAGCUAUUUUUAAAUUCCUUUUCCCAGCCAAAAAGACAGCGUGAUAGUUAACAUUAUGCAUAUAACAUGGAGAAAGACAAUAAAUAGACAAAUUUUGAAAGUAAACAAAACUGCUGAAACCCAGCAAAGCACUCACAGGAAUUGUGGAGUAGAUGGCAUCCACAAAUUUUGAGCGUACAAGAGCUUGGCAUCAAAGGAUCGUCAAUAGUCAUCAGUACAGAUAACAACAACAUCAAGAACGUCCCAAUAAUGAAGGUAGAAAAAGGAUCAACUUAAACUUAAAAAUGCUCUGAAACAGUGGCAAAGCAGCCAUGGGACAACACCAACAAAACCGUAAUAGCCACCAAAAUAAAGGCACAGGACAGGAACUAACGCAAAACAAGGGAGAACACUAACAAAACCCAACAUAAAAGGCUGGUGUUUCCAGCCGUGACACUGUACAGUAGCUGAAAUUGAAUUUGAGUACACUGCCUGUUGACGCUUUGAGAGAUGAGAUCCAUCAAAACAAUGAUGCAAUUACUGUCAUACCAGAUUGAAUGAGGCCAAGUGUUGUUAGCGUGAUUAUGACUCAAAAUCCCCAAAUUAUGUUGUCAUUUUAUUUGACUGUCAAAGAGACGAUGAAAUGCCAAUAGCCAAACAUACUUCCUCUCGACAAGCAGACCCUUUCUCAUAGAUCUUUCCCCGACUGGACUCAAGAAAUAAAUUGUAAAGGGAAUUUUCUUUUUGACCUAUGUAAUGUCAUUCACACCUGUAUCAUAUUUAUAUUAUUUAUGCAAUGUGCACUGUACAGUUAAGGCCCACCUAUCCCCCAGAGAUACUUGAAAGACAUAUAUCUUUUGUUUUUGAAGUAACUGUAUAAGAAAUAAAUACAUUUGGUGUUCAUAAUGGUUUUACACUGUAUGCUCUCAAAGUGAAAGAGAGUAUUUGUAUAUGUGAACUGUUUUUUUAGAAGAUUUAGAUAUGCUGAUAUACUGCAUUCAUGUAUGAUUAAAUAUCUUAAUAUUACAAUGAGGGUUAAUACUGUUGGACCUAUAACCAAAUACUGUGUUUAAUCUCAAAUAAAAAAAAUAGUAUAGCAA